AUGUCCUUCACCUAUGCUAGUAUUGGAUCGGCACUUGGCUUAGCAAAAAUAGUAGAAAAUGGAGAACUGAAAGGUAGCAUUGGAGGAGUGCCAGCUUCUACUAAAGCAGAGAAAGUAUGGACAAUCUGUCAGGCGCUUGGGGACAUUGCUUUUGCCUAUCCAUUCUCGAAUAUUUUCCUUGAGAUACAGGAUUCUUUGAGGUCCCCCCCACCAGAAAAGGCCACCAUGAGGAAGGCCUCAACAAUGGCAAUCUUUAUUACAACCAUUUUCUACCUCUGCUGUGGAGGAUUUGGCUAUGGAGCUUUUGGCAAUUCUACUCCAGGAAACAUCUUGACAGGAUUUGGAUUCUACGAGCCAUAUUGGCUCAUUGACUUUGCUAAUGCUUGCGUUGUUCUACAUUUAGUUGGCGGAUAUCAGGUAUACAAUCAACCAGUAUUUGCAUUCGUCGAAAAAUGGUUUGCUGAGACAUUCCCCUACUGUGGAUUUGUGUACGAGGAUCAUUUUUUCAAGCUCCCAUCACUGCCAGCUUUUAGAUUGAAUCUCCUCAGGCUGUGUUUCCGAACUGCUUAUGUUGCAUUAACAACCGGAAUUGCGAUGAUCUUCCCUUACUUCAACCAAGUUGUGGGACUGGCCGGAGCAAUUAGCUUUUGGCCGGCGGUUGUAUACUUCCCUGUGGAGAUGUAUUUAGUGCAGAAAACAAUUGGGACUUGGACAGGCAAGUGGGUUAUGCUUCGUAGUUUUAGCCUUGUUUGCUUGGUUGUAACAUGUUUCGCCUUGGUUGGUUCAAUUAAAGGACUGAUUAAUGCAAAGUUUAGCUAA